CAGACAAGGUGGAGCGCUGUCACAUGGUGUAAUAGGCGUUGAGAUGGUGUUACGUAACGCCUCUUUAAUGUUGGAGUCGUCCGAUCAUGUAUAGACAAACUAAUACUUUACUGUGGAAACUUCGAUAUUUAAAUAUUAAGGUACAGAAAUCAUGGAGACACCAAAGUACAUCUGUGACGGAGAAGGUUCUGUCUUAUAAGGCUGGACAAAACAUACAUGGCUUUACAGUGAGGCAGGUCACACCUGUUCCUGAUCUGUGCCUCACGGCUGUGCAGCUGAGCCACAAUGUCACCGGAGCUGAGGUCCUGCACCUAGCCCGAGAGGACUCCAAUAACCUCUUCAGCGUUCAAUUCCGCACGACGCCGAGGGACAGCACUGGGGUGCCGCACGUCCUGGAGCACGCAGUGCUCUGCGGCUCGCACGAGUAUCCCUGCCGAGACCCCUUCUUCAGGAUGCUGAGUCGCUCCCUGGCCACCUUCAUGAAUGCCUUCACAGCAAGUGAUUACACUAUGUAUCCGUUUUCCACGCAAAAUGGUAAAGAUUUCCAGAAUCUCCUCUCCAUUUAUUUGGAUGCCGUGUUUUUCCCAAACCUCCAUGAGUUGGAUUUUUGGCAGGAGGUAUGGAGGCUGGAGGGCGAGAAUCCCACCGAUCCAGAUUCUCCGCUGGUGUUUAAAGGCGUCGUCUUCAAUGAAAUGAAGGGGGCUUUUGCUCACAGCGAGAGUCUCUUCGCUCAGCACCUCCAGAACAAACUCCUCCCAGCCCACACCUACUCGGUGGUCUCGGCUGGAGAUCCCUUAUCCAUACCCGACCUCUCCUGGGAGCAGCUGAGGCGGUUCCACACCAGACACUAUCACCCUAGCAACGCGAGGUUCUUCACUUAUGGGGACCUACCUCUCGAGCAGCAUCUGAAGCAGAUCGAGGAGCAGGCGCUAUCCAGGUUUGAUCAGAUCGAUCCCGACACUGCCGUGCCCCCAGAACCCCGCUGGGACCAUCCUAGAGAGUACCACAUAAGGUGUGGCUCCAACCCUUUGGCUCCGGAACCUUCUAAGCAGAAUUGCCUGACUGUGAGCUACCUUCUCGGAGACAUCACAGACACGUUUGAGGCCUUGACACUGAACCUUCUGUCCUCGCUGAUGGUAACUGGACCCAACUCGCCAUUCUACAAGGCGCUGAUUGAACCCAAGCUCGGAAGUGCCUUCUCCUCCAUCGUGGGAUAUGAUGGAAGUAAAAAGGAAGCAUCAUUCUCCAUUGGCUUACAGGGAAUAUCCGAGGAAGACAUGGAGAAAAUUAAAAAUAUCAUCCUCCAAACCAUAGACCACGUUGAAGCCUCUGGCUUUGAAGAAGAGAGGAUUGAAGCCCUUUUACACAAAAUCGAAGUCCAGUUGAAGCAUCAGUCCACGCAUUUUGGUCUGGCUUUAGCAUUAUAUAUUGCACCUUGCUGGAAUCACGACGGAGACCCGGUGCCGAUGUUGAGGAUUGACGACAUGGUAACGCGAUUCAAGCAGUGCCUGAAGGAUAAUCCCCGCUACCUUCAAGAGAAAAUCAAGCAGUAUUUCAAGGACAACAAGCACAGACUGACUCUGUCCAUGAGCCCGGACCAGGCGUAUUUCGAGGAGCAGAGGAGGGCUGAGGAGGAGAAGCUCCAGCAGAAAGUCCGGGCUCUGUCCGAUGACGACAGGAAGGAGAUCCAUGAGAAAGGCCUACAGCUUCUGACUAUUCAGGGCUCAAUCCAGGAUGCCUCCUGCCUCCCAGCUCUCAAAGUAUCUGAUGCUGCACCAGUGAUCACAGCCACUCCUUUAGAGAUGGGGAUGGCAGUUCCAUGUUCCCGUUCAGCUGAGGUUCCAGUACAGUACAGUCCCCAACCCACAAAUGGGAUGGUGUAUUUCCGAGUGCUGUGCGGCCUGAGGACGCUGCCCGAGGACCUGAAGAUUUACAUUCCGCUCUUCUGCAACAUCAUCACAAAGCUGGGUUGUGGAAGUCUGGAUUACAGACAGCAGUCGCAGCAGAUGGAGAUGAAGACCGGGGGGAUGGUGGUCUCUCCACAGGUCGUCACUGACACUGGAAACCUGGACACCUACGAGCAGGGAAUUCUCCUUACGUCUUCCUGUCUGGAAAGAAACGUCUCCGCCAUGUUUGACCUCUGGGCUGAAAUAUUCAACAGCCCUAAUUUUGAGGAUGAGGAGCGCCUGAGAGUUCUGCUGAUGAUAUCUGCCCAGGAGCUGUCUAAUGGAAUCUCCAGCUCUGGACAUACAUAUGCCAUGACGAGGGCCGGCCACACCUUGACAUCAGCCGGGAGGCUUCAGGAGACCUUUGAUGGAAUGGAUCAGGUGCAAUUUAUUCAACGGAUUGUGAACCUGCCCAACCUCAGUGUUGUCCUUCAAAAGAUGCUUGAGAUAAAGAAAUACAUCUUCGACCAACAGGACAUGAGAUGUGCUCUCAAUGCCACACCCCAGAGGAUGUCCGAAAUUGCACUUCACAUUGAGGAGUUCGUGGAGAGGAUCUCCAUCAAAAAGAAUUGCAGAUCCAGCCAGCUGAAUGUUACUGAGGAGCCGACCUUCACGCCCUCCCAGAUGAAGACCUACUUCGAGCUUCCAUUUCCUGUGAGCUUCAUUGGCGAAAGUGUCCGUACGGUUCCUUUCACACACCAGGACUAUGCUAGCCUUGUGAUACUGAGUCACAUGAUGACGACAAAGUUCCUACAUGGAGAAAUCAGGGAAAAGGGUGGAGCUUAUGGGGGCGGAGCUAUGAUGGACCACAGCGGCCUUUUCUCCUUUUAUUCGUACAGGGACCCAAACUGCAUGCAGACGCUGUCCACCUUCAGUCGCGCUGUAGAAUGGGCAAAAAAUGGAAAGUUCUCCCAGCAGGACGUUGACGAGGCCAAACUGUCAACAUUCGCCACUGUGGAUGCGCCAGAGGCACCGUGCAAUAAAGGUAUGGACCACUUCCUGAACGGCGUCUCAGAUGAGCUGAAGCAGGAACACAGGGAGCGACUCUUCGCCGUAGCAAAGCAGGACUUGAUUGCUGUGGCAACCAGAUACCUUUGCGUUGGACAGCAGAUACAUGGAAUAGCUGUCCUCGGAGCGGAAAAUGGAAAUAUCAGGAAGGAUCCAUCAUGGGUUGUAAGAUAAUUAAGAAUCAUGGAGAUCGAUCCGAGGACCAUCGCCUUCUGUGAUAUUAUUCAGAUACUGUAUGGUUACAGGAACCUUUCAUAGCCGCUGGGCUACAUUCCCCUGCACAACAAACUCCUGAUGUUCACAAACGUCAAUAUAUAGAACAACCUACAGUUUGUACACAACUUUAAACCUUCUGUGGGUUUCUGAACAUUUUCCUUGGCUGCACAGAUUUUUAAUCCACGAUAAAUUAUUAUGUACAGCUAAUAAAAUUUCAGCUUUUUGAACA